UACUGUAGUUAAGGAGCAUCCCCGGGCGGCCGCGAUACUACCUGUUUUUAAAGGGGCGGCCGGAGCUCCCCGCCCCGGGGCCGCGCCCGGCAGGUGAGGCCCCGCCGGGAGCCGGGCACAGCCAUGGCGUACCGGGAGCUGGUAAGGCGCUGGCACCAGGGCGUGCUGGCGGCCGACGACGGGGACUGGGAGGCCGCCCUGGAGAUCUUCACCGGCAUCGAGGACCCGCCGUCCAGGGUCUGCUUCAACGUGGGCUGCGUCCAGCUGCUGGCGGGGAGGCCGCGGGAGGCCCUGCGGGCAUUUGAUGAAACUGUUGCAAAGGACAAGUCCCUAGCUGUUGGCUUCUUUCAGAGAGGGUUUGUCCAUCUGCAGCUGGAAAUGUAUGAAGAAGCUCUCUCUGACUAUCAUCUGGCCUUCAGUCAUCUAAGAAAAAAUCCCUUCAUCGAUUACAAGCAGCUGGGGCUGAGGCACAUCCUCUACGCCUGGGAGGUGCUGUACAGCACGGCGGCAGUGCAGUGUCGGCUGCAGCAGUGGCAGGAGGCCAGAGCCACCCUAGACAAGGCUGUUGUCUGGAGACCUGAAGGAAGAACAGCCAUCCUGGCCCUGGCCCUUGAGCGAGUGCAGGACCAUCUGUUUUUAGAGCCCAUGCAGGUUUCUCCUGGGGAAUUUUUCAGACCACGAAAGAAGGAAGUUGAACAGCUGGAUUCAAAAAACUUCCUGGGUAAACCCAAGGUGAUCUCAUCCAUCAUUCCCAAUGAUGAGUACAUUGGCUUCGAGCCUCUCAGGCCUCAGAAACAGGGCUUUUAUGAACCCCCUGCUGAUGCUCUACGAGACAGUGAGUCAGGCUACUAUCGAGUUUUGUCCCAUUAUUACCCCAAGGACUCGGAGGAGCAGGCAGUGAAAGCCAGCAGUUUGGUCUUUGUGCUGUCGAGAGAAGCGGAUGGUUGGGCUACAGCCAUACAUGAUGGACAGAAGCUGCGCAUACCGAGCUCUCUCCUGGAGCCUGCCUCAAAGCUGGAUAAAUGGAAGAUCAGCGAUGGGAUUCCCCUCCCUCCUGCCCAGGUGCCUCCCAGCCGACUCCAUGUGAAGCAGAAGCCAGAAUCUCCUGGGGGAGAAAAUGCCUCUGCAAAUGAUGCUGGUGCCCAAAUGGAUGCCAAGCAGACCCUACCGACCCGCGGAGACGCUUCGCCUGGCGUGGACAGACCGGUUGUGCUGCGGGCGUGCUGCGAGUGCAGGGUGGUGGUGCAGGCCGGAGAGGUGCUGUCGCUGCCCGACCUGCGGGCGCUGCUGCGGGAGCGCUUCGGGCAGCAGGCGGAGCGCGGGAUGCUGAGCUACAGGUGUGCAGAUGGCAAAGACCUGGGUGCAGUUUUGGGAGAGGAGGACCUAGGGAAGAUGUGGCAGCAGCUGACGGAUGGCAGGCUGACGCUCUGCUGCCAGGACUCGGACUCCCACUCGGGCAGACCCGUCCUCUGCCGGAUGCUGGCCCAGCACUCCUACCUGGCACAGGGACCGGGCGACCUGGAGUUCAGCAAGGGAGACCUGCUGGAUAUUCUCUCUGAAGUGAACGAGGACUGGCUCGAAGGACGCUGCAAUGGCAAGACUGGCAUCUUCCCCAAGUGCUUUGCAACCCAGAUCCAGGAGGGCAGUGGUGCUGCCUUCCUAUAGCCACCAGGAGCCUGUUCCUCCCCGACUGCACUGUCUCCCAGGGGUGGGAGGUACCAGUCCCAACUCAUUCAGGCCACGGCCAGCACAACCAGGAGCUUGGACACAGCUGAACUUGGUGUCCCCCACCCCCAGAUCCCACGGGGUCGGUUCCAGCAGUCUGACAGCAUUUUCUACAGCCUGUUCCCAGACCUGGUGUUUUUACCUCUGUGCUUAUACUGCCAAAGAUGUGCCUGUGCAGGGCAGAGAGGAGCAGGCGGGGAACGGGGAACUGGUGUUUGUUGGGAAAUGUCCAUGUGGCAGCUCAGAUUGCUGGGUGGGAAGAGGUUCCUCUGGAUGGAGGUCUUCUCCCUCUCUCCCUUUUUGCUCAUUUUCAGGCUGGGAAGGCUCAGCUUCACCCUAAUGAAGCCAAGGAUAGCCAUCUGAGCCAGAGGUAGAGCCCAGUUCCACAGCUCCUUCGGCCACGUAUCUUUAUCUCUCUAGACAGAGGUGCUGCUCCUUGGGAAGGCCUCUCUAACCAGUUUGCAGUGGGGCAUAUGGGAUAACACCUUGGGUUAGGAGCACCACAUGUCAUCUUCCACAGCAAAUACCCCAAGGAUGUGACAGAGCCAAAGGGCUCGGAGCAUUCCUCAGCCCUGGUGCCUUUGGUUCUUUUCUUAAGCCCUGCCUGGCUGUUACUGCUUCUUGCUGCGUGGGCAGGGGCCUUGCAGCACAGAGGAGAUGUGCUUGUGGGAACAGCCCUGCUCAGACCAGCCCUGGGCUUUACAGAGCCUUGGAGGGGCUGGGGAGGGGGCUGGCUGGGCAGCGUGGCCUUGGGCUGCUGGCUGGAGCUGGAAGGACUGAAGUGACCAUCCGGUUCCCACAGCUGAGCGGUGCUGGGCUCUGCGGAUCUAAAUAAAACACUCAAGUGCCUGGAGUUGGAACCUGCUGUGGAUUUGGCGUCUGACAAUGCUGGGCUAUGUAACUUGAAUAUAAAAGAAACCCUGAGCCGGAGUUGGCAGCUCUUAAAUCAACUUCUACUUGUAUUUUUCUGCUGAGAUAUGCCAGUAAAUAUUUUUAAAGACA